ACGUUUGACACAGACAGGGCAAAGAUGGCGGCGUCCUUGUACACGCUCGGGGGUCUGCUCGGCAGGACCGUAACUCGCGGCUUAGCGGCCAGGUCCCAGCGGGGACUAUUUGGAUCAAACAGAUGUAGAUCCAUACAAGUUGCAGCACAAGCAGUUUUAAACGUGCCAGAGACAAAAGUAACCACACUGGAAAACGGACUCCGUGUCACCUCAGAGGACUCAGGACUUUCAACAUGUACAGUUGGCUUGUGGAUUGAUGCAGGAAGCAGAUAUGAGAAUCAACUUAAUAAUGGAACUGCACAUUUUCUGGAGCACAUGGCAUUUAAGGGAACAAGAAAGCGUUCCCAGCUGGACUUGGAACUUGAGAUUGAGAAUAUGGGUGCCCAUCUAAAUGCAUACACGUCAAGAGAGCAAACUGUAUACUAUGCAAAGGCUUUCUCCAAAGACCUGCCCAGAGCUGUUGAAAUCCUUGCAGACAUUAUUCAGAACAGCACUUUAGGAGAGGCAGAAAUUGAACGAGAACGAGGAGUCAUCCUGCGGGAGAUGCAGGAAGUGGAAACCAAUCUCCAGGAAGUGGUCUUUGAUUACCUGCAUGCAACUGCUUAUCACAACACUGCUCUUGGAAGAACGAUAUUGGGUCCCACCGAAAACAUCAAAUCCAUAAACCGUAAUGACUUGGUUGAAUACAUCACAACGCAUUACAAAGGGCCCCGCAUAGUCUUGGCAGCGGCAGGUGGCGUGUCACACACUGAACUGCUUCAUUUGGCAAAGUACCACUUUGGUAACUUGCCUUCUACAUACGAGGGAGAGAUCCUCCCCCCAUGCUCUUUCACAGGUAGCGAGAUCCGAGUUCGGGAUGAUAAAAUGCCAUUGGCACACAUUGCCAUUUCUGUGGAAGCAGUUGGCUGGUCUCAUCCAGACACUUUACCUCUUAUGGUGGCCAAUACACUCAUUGGAAACUGGGAUCGGUCCUUCGGUGGCGGCGUGAAUUUAUCCAGCAAGUUGGCCCAGGUCAGCUGCCAUGGCAACUUGUGUCACAGCUUCCAGUCAUUCAACACCUGUUAUACAGACACUGGGCUUUGGGGAUUGUACAUGGUGUGUGAGCCCAACACUGUGGCAGAUAUGAUGCAUUUUGUUCAGAGAGAAUGGAUAAGACUGUGUACAAGUGUUACUGAGAAUGAAGUUGCACGAGCCAAGAAUCUGCUCAAGACAAACAUGUUGCUCCAGCUGGAUGGAUCCACCCCAAUUUGUGAGGAUAUUGGGAGGCAGAUGUUGUGUUAUAAUCGUAGAAUUCCCCUGCCUGAACUGGAAGCAAGAAUCGAUCUCAUUGAUGCCCAGACAAUAAGAGAUGUCUGUACCAAGUACAUUUAUGAUAAGUGCCCCGCGAUUGCAGCUGUUGGUCCUAUUGGACAGCUCCCUGAUUAUGACAGAAUCCGAAGUGGGAUGUACUGGCUGAGGCAAUAAAGGACCUGGGUCCAUCAUCAGCUGA